AUGACUAUUAGUACGAAAAUCGUGUCCAUCAUAUAUGACUCAAACGAAAGCCAGAUCUUCAUGACACCGGAUGAUUUCCUGCGAGCGCUCACACCGGGGGUCAAACAGCCGGACGGUCUCGGGUUAGACCACUUCAGGCGCAUUGACUUAUCAAAGGAAGAGGACACAGAUCCUAUGCUUUCAGGCGGGAGCAAAGAAUUGGCUUAUAAUUUGAAGCCAGAGUCCAUGUUUUACAAACUCAAUUUCCUAUUCCUGUUAACCGUCAUAUCGGUUUCGCGCCGGCACUUUGAGAUAGCCUUCCGUAUGUUCGACCUGAACGGUGACGGGAAUGUGGAGUACGAUGAGUUUGAAAAGGUACAAAACGCUAUACUCUCGCAAACUAGUAUUGGCAAAAAGUUGGGCACUAAUCGAAACGGAUACAAAGGUGUGAGCUCAGCACUCGCUAAAUACUUUUUCGGUGAAGAUCUCAAACAAAAACUAACGAUUGAAAAGUUUCUCGACUUUCAACAACAAUUACAAACAGAACUCUUGACUCUUGAGUUUGAGCGCAAAAAGCCGAACCCAAUAACCGGUAAAAUAAAAGAAUCAGAAUUUGCGGAACUGCUGAUAGCAUACGCUGGACUGACUGAGAAGCGGAAAAAUAAAAUGUUAAAAAGAGUUAAGAAAAGGUUUGGCAGAGACGAGGACGGCCUCGAAGAAGAGGGCAUCACUUUGGAGGACUACCUCAGUCUCUAUAAUUUCCUACAAAAUAUCAACGAUGUAGACAUGGCUCUUAGCAUUUUCAACAUUGCCGGCGCUUCCAUAGACCAAUCGACUCUCAAACAUGUGGCCAAAACCGUAGCACACGUUCAACUAAGAGAUCAUUUGAGGACGGGCAGUUAA